UAUAUCACGGUAUAGAGAACGUGAGUACUCCACCCAUGUUGUACCCCAUAACAGAAUGUUAAAAAGAUACGAGUUAAUAAAAAACAGUGGGUGUGUCAACACCACGCAUAUCAUCAUAUAACUAUAAAUAUACUACAGUAUUUCACAAGGUACGAGGUUUACAGUGUGUUUAUGAAUCAAACGAGUAGCUCGUCAGUGAGUCUCCGAGCAGAUCUGACGAAACCAUGAGAAGUGGGAUUCCUCUAAUGUUCCUUCUGUGGAUAGGAAUGAUUGUGUAUGCACAUUCGUCUGUUGCAGAUGAACUCACUCUAGAGAUUGACAUAACCCCGCCUGAAGACAAUUUCACCUUAAUCUGCAGCAGCAACAGCAACGAAUCGAUGGCGCAUACAACAUGGUACAGAGACGGCGCAAUCGUCCUGAAUUCAAGGAAAAUAGAGAACAACGAACACUGUGACAAGGAUAAACCCAGUAGUAUCCCCGGAGAAAGAAAUUAUACCGACAGCUAUUAUGAUAAGUACAUCUCGGGUCGCGUCAGUGUAAGCUGCACAUACUACCAACACAAUCUGACAUUAACCACGGAGCUAACCGUCCAUGAUGGAUCCGUGUGGCGAUGUGAGGAUUCACGUAAUAGAGGUAGUAACAAUCUCACUUUAGACUUUCCUGAGACCAGUCGCACAGACCAAACUCUACCAUCAAGGCCAUCGACUGUUCAACAAUUACCGUUUACAUCAACGCAGAUUCCUGAAGGCAGUACACAAGACUUUCCUGAGACCAGUCGCACAGACCAAACUCUACCAUCAAGGCCAUCGACUGUUCAACAAUUACCGUUUACAUCAACGCAGAUUCCUGAAGGCAGUACACAAGGAACUACAUCGACAUCUACAGUGAAAUCCGCCAACUCCACCAUCUCCAUUACCUCCUCAACUACCUCAACCACGUCACCCACCUCAACCACCACCCUGACUGCCUUCACCACCUUUACCAAGUCAAAUACUCCUGCUGUCAGUCAAGCAUCUGUCCCCGUUUACCUUAUCAUAGGUCUAGUGGCAGCAUUGCUCGUGGUGCUCAUCAUCAUCUUUGUCCUGGUUGUCUGCCGCAACAGAAUCGCACGGGUUGCACGGAGGUACAUCGUUACAAGGAAGAGGCCGCAGGUUCAAGAGUUGAGGAAAAAUGAGAAGGCUAACAAGGGGAGACGUAUGUCCGACAUCAACCCUAACAAAAAGUCAGACUUUGUGAGAUCUGUCCUGGGAUCAAAUGUUGAUCCUUGAUUCAAGAUAAUGGCCAUAAAGAUAGGCACAGUGGAUAUUAUGCAAUAAGAACAUUUAUUUUGAAAAUUUAUCUGCGAGUCUGUGUUGGAUUAUCUGUUUCUCUCAAUGGAAGUUUACAACAUACUCGAUAGUAAGUGAGUCAUGUGUAAUGUGAUGUUUAUGCGUUCGUGGGUUACGAGAUCACGCACGAUUAGCAGGACGACUUUCUGCGUGUCAUGGAUUAUAUGGAACGAUGUGAGUUAUUGAACGAAUCCUUCACUGUAGAGGUUCUGAAAAACUUUUAGUAGAUAAAAUAAACCGAGUAGUCAGUGUUGCCUCCAUUUUCUCCCAGUAUGAUAUUUUGUACCAGUGUAUUACUUAUAGAUACGGAAGCGAGGAUGACCCAGUCGUUCAUGGCGCCGUGCAUAGUUGAGUCAGUCCAAAUAAUAUGAGUUCGAAUUCCAAAUUCGCACUGUUUUGUGGUCUUUUGUUUGUCACCUCCAGACCCGUGUUCUAAUUAAAUAACGCGACAAAACCCUUUCCAUAUCCAAUGGAAAUAUCUGCAUAAAACAGAGUCUAUUGAACGAUUCACGACUAUACCAUGAGCAUGUGCUUAUGAAUCACUAUCAAACAGACAAGCAUCACUUUGAGCUUUGCCACCACAUGAGGCACGUAAUAACAUUAAUGAACUAUUGAAUCUCAUAACCGACCUCAGCCAGAGAACAUUUUGCAGUUAUUUUGUCAUCUUGAAAAUACAUAGUUCCACCAUGCUACAAAUCAUUAAACAUAAUGAUGAGUAAGUUGCACGGUGAAUGGAAUUUAUGUCAAGGAAACACUUUUUACAUUCAAAGACUUUUAUUCGAAACAUGUUUUGUUCACUUUUUUAUCUUGUUGUAUAUGUACUUGAACUUUUUGUUAUUUAGUCUUCUACUUGAAUUUUUAUACAACCAUGUGUACUUGUACUUAAUGUAAUCACUUAUUUUGUUAAGAACUUGCUGAUCACUUAAAUCAGCUUCUGUUUUUAAGAGUUUUCAGGAAGAAACACUUGACCCGGACUCAAUAAUGUUUUGCUGUGUAUGUCGAUAUUGAUACCGCCACAUGUGUUGUUAUCAGUGCGUUAACGCAACACCAAUAUAUCAUAUGUUCACUGUAUAUCACCAUAUCACUGUAUCAGCUGUACGUUGUCUUGUCUUCACUAUAAAUAGAUCAUAGUGCGUCCUGAUUG